CACCCCCACUCCUCUCGCCCACGCCCGCCACCGCCGAAGAAGCUGCCAUGGCGGCCGGCGACACGGGCGCGCCCGCGGCGGGCGGAGCGGGGCAGGAAGACUCGCCCGAGCCGCCGCGGGGCGAGCGAACCACCCCCGAUCACCACGCUCCGGCGUCGCCGGGCGCUUCCGAAGAGGAAGAGGGCGCCAGCGGAGCAGUCGAGGCGGGGCAGGACGACGCGCCCGAGCUGGAGGACGAGCAGGGGGAGGGCGGCGACGCCACGGAGGACGACGUGGAUGAGGAGGAGGAGGAGGAGGAGGAAGGGGACGGGGAGGAGGAGGAGGGAGACGACGAGGAGGAGGACGCCCCGACGCACCUGCCGUUCGCGCCCGCGGAGGAAGAGUCACUUGAUGACACAAACGCAACUACAGUUGAUCCAAGCUAUACUAUCUCUCUUAUAAGGCAACUAAUACCUAAGGGAUCCAGUGUGGAGAAAGAGUUCAGUGACAAGCAAAGGGUCAAUUCUGAUGACAGGGAUUCAACGCAACCGGAUAACACGGAUCCUUCUGAGAAAAGUGACAAGCAGGGUCUUCCAGAAGAAAGAAGUGUCAGUCCUAAGGAUCAGUUGGAAGAGUGUGGUUGUAUUCUGUGGGAUCUUGCGGCUAGUACACCUCAAGCAGAACUUAUGAUUAAUAAUCUUGUGAUUGAAGUGCUUUUGGAAAACCUUCAUACGGCAAAUUCUUCUAGGGUGAAGGAAAUUUGUCUUGGAAUCAUGGGAAACUUAGUCUGUCAUGAAUCUCUAGUUGCUGCAAUCUCUUUGAAAAAAGGUUUAAUUGCAACUGUUGUGGAGCAAUUGUUUAUAGAUGAUGUCCAAUGCCUUUCUGAAACAUUCAGGUUGUUGGCUGCCAUUCUUCGGUCCAGUGCAUUUGUUUCUUGGGCUCAAGCUCUUUUACCUGAUGAGGUUCUUUCACGUAUUCUAUGGAUAGUUGGGAAGACAGAUAAUUCUACAUUACUUGAAAAGAUCAUUGACUUCCUAUCAACUGUCAUUGAUAAUCGAGAUGUGAUUGCUAUGCUUAUCCAGCCCUUGCUUAAACUGGGUCUAGUUGACCGUGUUAUUGGGUUACUAACAACUGAGCUUGAAAGAUCAGCGGAUGAGAAGCUAGACAGAUCGGAUUCUCUUGAAUUGAUCCUUCACUUCAUGGAAGAAUUAUCAGCCAUACACUGUGUUUCAAAGGCAAUGACAUCGAAUGACUGGCUGAUUAAAGUGUUAGUUAACAUGAUCAAAUCGCCUGAUAAAGUUGAGGUUGCAAGCUAUUGUGCUUCGGUGGUGAUCGUAAUAUCAAAUAUUUUGACAGAUGGAAAGCAUUUGGUGCCUAAGAUAUCCCGUGAUUUAGCGUUCCUGGAAGGCCUACUUGAAGUUCUUCCAGAGGUCCCUGAUGAUGACCAAGCUCGAUAUGCACUUUGGAGUAUCUUAGCACGUAUUCUGGCACAAGUGCAAGGAACUGAGUUAAACUCCUCGUCCCUCGACCAGUUUGCGUCUCUGUUCUCAGGCAAGUUCGGCCUCAUCAAAGAUGACCUCGAGAGUCAGGUGGUUGAUGAAGAGAAGUUAACACCUGAGGAUGCUCUCCUGAAGGGAUGGACAUCGAGAUGUCUCGUGGCAAUCUCCUUCUUCAUGGAGAGAUGGAUCGAGGAGAAGUCCUCGACUGGAGACUCCAUCGACAAUGCUCGGGAGGUGCUGAGCUACUGCCAGAAGGCGCUCAGCUAACCGGAAACUCCACUCCAUUGACAAGCUUGCUGCGGUUUGUAAUCAACGCUGCUGACCUGAGAAAGAAUGCGGCAUGUGGCCGCUGUGAUUUUGGAACCGGGAGUCUGUUAUAACCUACUGUCAUUUUAGACUAUACGGCAACCUGUAAAGAAAAUCGGCGAAUGGAGAUUAACUAGGGGCAUGGGUGGGGAUAUACGAGUUUUGGGCAUGGGUGGUGAUACAAAUUUUUUUGGGAGAUGUUCGAUUGCCAAGUUUGAUAAGUCGCAAAUUUGGUCUAAAGUUUUCGUUUUCUGGGUAAGAACUAUUUCUGUCAUCCGAAUCGAUAUGUAAACCUGAGACAUAGAUGCAGAUGUGGUUUUCAUUUCUACGUUUGAAUGCCAGUUUUCUCAUA